AUGAAUUCUCUCAAUACCAAUUCCAUUGAAAACAACACAUUAACCAUCCAUUCACGUGAAAAAAUACCUUUGAUGUGUUAUGAUAGAUCAUUAAAACCAUUAAAAGAAGGUGGUUGGGGUAUUUUGGAAUAUACAAUUACGACAAGUUGCUCAAAAGAUUUGGAUAUACAACAGAUUUUUACAAAUGCAUAA